GCAGACGUAGGUGGAAGGCGAUCUUCUUGGAUUCCUGUUCGGAUUGGUGCGGCCCGACCAUCGCCAACUGAUCGUGUAGGAACUCAUGGUUCCUCUUGCGCAAUUGGUUGAUGAUCUUCCCCUUGAUAUCGUCUCACAGAGCGACGAGAGCCCGGUCCCACACGUCCUCACACGAACUCUGACGUCGUACGUUCAGUGGUCAGCGUGCCCGGAGGAGUCGGGAAGCGGCCACAACCCGCCAUCGCAACGAGGAUAUCUGGACCCGCGGGAGAUAGUCGACCUCGCUUUCUUCUGGGAUCGAACAGUCUCCGAAGACGAGAAGCUAGCGAUAGAAGAAGAAGCGGAAGAAGAAGAAGAAGGUGCAAAGGAGGAAGAAGAGGAGGAAAAAACACCGGAAGAAGGCAGUUAUAGUGAACACAGCGAGGGAGAGCAGAGUGAGGACGAAGAAGAAGAAGAGGAAGACGAGGAAGAGGAAGAGUUGGAGCUGGAAGAAUCCGAGUGGGAAAUCUCGGCGGAAGAGGUGGAACGAACGGACGCUCAGGCGGAGGACCCCGAUGCGGCACGUAAACCGGAAGACAUUGCGGUCGGAAAGCGACAGCUGGAAUUCGCAAGCGGAGCAAAUCUGCCGAUCGCCAAUGAUCCCGCCAAAGAUCCGGAGCCGCCCAAACCCGAAGAUGGGGACCCAGCUGCCGAGACUUUGAGCGCACCGGCCAGACGGCGACGAAGCCGAUCCCCCUCCACCUCCGACCGUCCACCAGUUCGAGCCCGUACCGAUGCGGGCCAUCGGGCUUCGUCCCCUGUCCUUAUCCCGUCGUCCCCUUGAUCACCUCACCCUCCGCCAGAUCACCACCCACGUCACCUUCCCCCGU